AUGUCAUCCAAACAGUACACCUUCUACGAUCUUGCAAGCAAGUCACUAGGCUUGACAUGGACCCCCAAUCCCUGGAAGACUCGUCUUGUCUUCAACUUCAAGGGAAUUGACUAUAACACUCGCUGGCUGGAAUACCCCGAGAUCACACCCGAGUUGGAGAACCAUCUCCCACCCAACGAGAAAUUCCCCCGCUACACAAUUCCAGCAAUCAUCACCCCCGACGGGAAAUACAUGAUGGAUUCACGCCCGAUUGCCGAAUACCUCGAAAGCAAGCACCCUUCCCCCUCGCUACACCUAGACAACAGCAUCGUGAACCAAGUCGACGCCCUCUGGUGGAAAUACAUGGGCGCCAUCAUGCCCAUAUUCCUCAACCAGGUUCCCAAGCGAAUCCUCAACGAAGCCAGCCUGGAACACUGGUACCGGACCCGCAAGGCAUUUGUCGGGAUGAGCGUCGAAGAGCUCGAAGAGACAAAGGGCGGAGAAAAAACGUGGAAUGAGGCGGAGCCUGUGCUGCGUGAAACUACCGCUUUGCUGAAGCAGACUGAGGGUCCGUUCUUCUUGGGUACGACUGUGAGCUAUGCGGAUUUCAUUUGGGGGGAGUGUUUUGCUUUUUAG